ACCCCAGGCUGGCUCCUGCCUGCUUCCUGCCAGAGCGGGGAGGGGGGGAAAUAUAAACGGCAGCAUCUUGGGCGAAGGCUGGAUGCUGCCGCUGGACAGCCUGCGCCGGGGAGCCGUGGCAAGCGCUCGCGGCUGAAAGUCGAAGAUGGCAGAGCCUGAAAGCACAGUCCUAAACACUGACGUGAAACAGAAAGACCCCAGCGAGGCACUGGUCAUUGCGGUGACCACCAGAGCCAUCUUCAACCUGGAGGAGGAGCACAAGCUCUACCUGGAGAAGGGCAGGGAGGAGUACACAAGGCACCAGAAAGCCAACCAGGACAAGCCCCUGCGACCAGGCACGGCCUUCGCCUUCAUCCAGGCAGCGCAGUAUGUGAACGAGAAGAUCCUGGAGAGCAACCCAGCAGAGAAGGACCUUUUUGACAUCCUGGUGCUCUCCAACAACAGCCCGGAGAGCGGCGUGCGCAUCAUCAACAGCACCAAGCACUACGGCCUGGAGAUCUCCAAGUUCUGCUUCGUCAGCGAUGAGGACUCUACGCAGUACCUGAAAUCCCACGGGGUCAAGCUCUUCCUCUCAGCUGACAGGACAGAUGUCUGCAACGCCCUUCGGAGAGGGGUGUCGGCAGCGCUCGUCUGCCAGCAAGAGGUGCAGGCCCCCAGCACCCCGCUCCGCGUCGCGUUCGACGGGGAUGCCGUGCUCUUCUCCGACGAGACGGACCAGGUCUUCCAGGAGCAGGGGCUGGAGGGGGCCGUGCAGUACGAGCGGGCGAUGGAGGCCGUGCCCAUGGGAGAGGGUCCCCUGAAGGCUUUUGCCAUGCGCCUUGGGAAGAUGCGCAAAAAGUUCGGCCAGGAGAAAUCCCCCAUCCGCACCUACCUGGUGACCGCCCGCAGCGGCCGGGACAUGGGCAUCCGAGCCAUCAAGACGCUCCGGGAAUGGGGUCUGACCAUUGACGAGGCUUUCUUCAUGGACGGGGCUCCCAAGGGCCCCAUCCUCGCCCAGAUCCAGCCCCACAUUUUCUUUGACGAUGGGCUUCACAACAUCCAGGGGGCUCGAAAUGUGGGUGUGCCCUCUGCCUGGGUCCCCUCCUGCUGCUGAUGGGCUGCAGGCCAGCAGCCCUCCCUCCCAGCAGCACAGGGGACUGGGCCAGCUGAAGGCAAACCUUCUGGCAGAGAGGGAAGGAUUUCCUAACUUGCAGCAAGCAAACCUCGGGGAAAGGGGGUGAGAGCAUUGCAUGAGAGCACAGGCUACCAUGCAGACUUGAUGCUCAUUUCUGCUCCUGGUAUAUGAGGUCCCUUAGGUCUCAGGAUAAAGCCAAAAGAUGCAACUGCUCCAGGAAGGAAGGUCACCUUUUCUGUGACACUGAGGACUACCACCUACCUGCCCUGCAAGACCUGGGGACUUUUCUCUUC